UAAAAUAGAAGAAGAAAGGCAUGAAGUGUGCAUGAAAUGUUGACAGUAAAAAAACUUCUCACAAUGUCACGUCGUCUGAUCUCAGUAUGUACACAUAAGAUACACGUACAAUACAAUAUGUAUGUAUAAUACAACAGACCUUCGUCCGAGACCUUCAGUGGGACUUGAAUAAACUCUGGAAGAUGUCUUCGAUGCUGUUCCUUAAUCUUAGGUUUUUGAGAGACAUUAGCGGGAUUUCUCUGUCAUGGCACAGGCGGUUUUUGAGAUGGCCGUUUGUUUUAGUUGCUGGUAAAAAGGAUUUGAUAGAUCUUCCUGAAGUGAACGAGGAAGAUCUGGAAGAACAGUUCGUCAGGGGAUCAGGACCCGGAGGACAAGCCACCAACAAAACCAGCAACUGUGUGGUGCUCAAACACAUCCCCACGGGCAUAGUUGUGAAGUGUCACCAAACCAGAUCCGUGACGCAUAACAGGAAACUGGCUCGAGAGAUUUUACGCGGGAAACUUGAGGUUGAAUAUAACGGUGAGGAAAGCGAACUGCUGAGAAGAAAGCGGGAAUCCAUACAGGAAAAACGAGAAAAACGGAGAAAAGUGAAUGAAAAUAUUGAAAGAAAAAGACGAUUCAAAGAGAUCCUUAACACAGAUGGAGAUAAAAAGUGCUGAGAUAUAAUAAUAAUAUUAUAACAUCCAGACCCAUUAAUUUAAACGUGCCAUUACACAACUAGCAAAACAAUACAACCUGUAAAUGAUAAAGAAAUGUACAUUUUAUUUAUUAUCAUUAAUAAACACCUGAUUGAUCAACACA